AUGGCCGCUUCGUCGCGAGAGGGGCCCAAACCCUCAAUCAACCGCCAGACCACUGCACCUUUUCAUUUGAAGCUCUUCUAUCGAGUUAACAACUACAACCCUCUAUCCGAAUACAGCAUCCCUGUACCAUCUCGCCGCGGAGGACCUGUCAGCGGACCAAAUGCCAUUCGUCCAACAUCACCUGUCGCAUCAGCAGCGCUCCCACCACAUCUGGAGAUCUACACAUGGCAAUCAUGCACACUUCGCGAGCUCUCACAGCUUCUCACCUCUGCUCUUCCAUCUUUACUCCCUGAUCCGCCCGUUGGCACCCGUCUCUGCUUCCGACUGAUUUACCCCGACGCGCGCGGCGCGGCAAUGGGCGGCCCCGACGCGCGUGGCCGAUACUUAAGCAGGGAUUUAGGCAGUGCUAUAGUUGGUCCGAGAGACAGUCCAUUGCGUGCAGAUGACGACGAAGAUAAGCAGGAUGCACGACCUCGCCCUGGCCCGCUUCGUUUCCAGGGCUCCGAAGCCGACAGGCCCCUGCAGGAUGCUCGAUUCAUCGUUGGAGACUACAUUGAAUGCGCGAUUCUUGCACCGCUCGAGGACGGAUCAAUUGCGCCGGCGAUCAAAGGCGCAUCAGGCCCAAUCAUGGGACCCAGAGGUGGGGGUGGAGGCGGCAUGCGUGCGUUCCGUGAUAAUGGCUAUCCUCGUGGGCCUAGUCGUGGUGGUCCCCGUGGAGGUAGUGGUGGACCUCCGCAUAUGCCCCGAGGUGAUUGGCAUCGUGGCGAGCGAUUGCCCGAAGGUGGACGCGGAGGCCGUCGUGGAUGGGCACCAUAUUGA